CCCUAGAGUGACGUGCAUUAACACACACCGAUCCAUCCCCCAAACCCCCCACCACCUCACUCCGCCACCUCUCUUUUACUACCACACAUAUCUCCUCUCCAUUUCCUUCAUUACUAAACAAAACCACCAAAAGCAACUACACGAUCCAUCCAUCAACGACGUCCCUGCAUUUAAAUGGACACCCACAAAAACCCUAAUCUUGAAACCACUCCUGACCAUGCGCCACCCUCAUCUUCACAAGAUCGCAAGAUCAACCAUGGCUUCAACAUCAAGAAUCUUGAAGACAAAGACGACGACGUCGUUUCAACAGCAUCACCACCAGGGGUGGAGGAGGAGAGUGGAAGGGAGAGGCUAAAGAGGCACCGGCUGGAGAUGGCGGGUCGGGUUUGGAUCCCAGACAUAUGGGAACAAGAAGAUCUGUUGAAAGACUGGAUAGAUUGCAGCAUGUUUGAUUCGUCUUUAGGGAACAAGAGUAUAAUGUCAGCAAGAACAGCUUUGGUUCAAGAAGCAAGAUCAACGGCCACCGUGCAGUAAAUAAGGUUCAUCGAUGGGUCAGAGGUGUGGUUUUUUCUGUUCUUCAAGAGUCGAAAACUGGCCUUCAAUUAUGCAUAAAAAGAUACUAUUCAUUUUUAAGCUUUAAAAAGUAGUUGAUUUUACAUGUUUGUAAUAAAAGAAUGUUGUUGAUAUUACAAAAA